AUGCCGACGGCUGCCAUGGGCACUUCAGGGCAGCUGGGCAUGGCUGGCUACGCGCAGUACGCAGCAGGCCAGUACCCUGGAUAUGGUGGCUCCUAUGGAUACACGGAUCCCUAUGGCAGGCCGUAUGGUGCUAGCAUGGGCGAGCAGGUGCCAGCAGGCUACCAGGCGCCACCACCUCCUCCGCCUCCAGGAGCACCUGGAGGGCCGGUUAGUGGGACGCCCUACAUGCACGGCCCGAUGUCAGAGCAUGAUCGACUUGCGGACGAGCGUGACAAGGCUCGCAGACGCUUUGAAGAUGAAAACCGGCUUCGGAACGAAGAGCUUCAUCGAAAAGCUGAAACUGAACGAGCUACGGCCGCUGUCCGCAGCGCCAUUAGCAACCUUCAGAACGGACAGUUCGACUCAAUUGACGGACUUCUGAAGACCUUGGAGUCCGUGGCGGCGAGGGACCUGUCAAAGACUGAAGCGCUGCAGCAGGAGGUUCUCAAAAAGGACAUGGACAAGGCCAUCGCAGAGGCGCAACAAAGACGAGCGGUGAUGGCCGAGCUAAAAUCCAUGGUCAGGAGUGGUGAAGAGCACAUCAAGGCCACAGCCGAUCUCAUUCGCGAGAAUGUUGGGCUGCAGAAGGAAAAGGACAGAGAAGACAUGAACGACCAGCUGGAAAAUGCUGGUUUGGAGGCCCAAGGCAUGAGCGACCGGUACCAGUCGUUCAUGGAUGACAAAGCAAAGGAGCACGAGGAGCUCCAGAGCUUCACAAAGGGCCCCGCUUUGGUGGACCUUCGCCUUGUCAUCGCAAAAAUCAAGAAGCUGAGUAGCGACUUGACCAUGACAGCUACAAAUGCUGCCAGCGUCGUGCGGGAAGGCAGGCAGAAAUUGGCACGCAAAGAGGCGGCCGUAGCGCGGACCACGCGCAUGCAGGAACUGUUUGACCAGUACGAUGCUGACAGUGAUGGCUGUCUGUCCCAGCUGGAGGUCCUCAACUACUCCCAAGGUGAGUUUGAAUUCACCCCGGCGGAGUCCUGCUUGGAAAGGCUAUGGCGAAACUGGGUGCCGCCAGGCAUGGCUGGCAUAACCUUCGACCGCUUCCAGCAGAUGAAGGUUGCCAUCGGCACAGCUCGCUUCAUCGAGCGGGACCAGGAGAGAAGACCAGCUGGCGUUGCUUAG